AUGGCCACGGCUGAGGAGGGCACUGCUGCUGCAGCUACUGCAGGCGGCACCAUUCCGGCUGAGGACAUCAAGCCAUACAAAAUCCAUGUCUCGUCAAGAUACCUCGAUCUCACAAAGCAAAAGCUUGAGAUCACAAGAUUGCCUCAUGAGCUUUCAGAGCCAAAGUCGGAGGACUGGUGGGAGCCAAAGCAACAAGUGGAACCUUUAAUUGAUUUCUGGCUCGAGGACUAUUCGUGGCGGACUCAGGAAGAGGAGCUCAACACAAGCUUGCCGCAGUUUCGGACAGGCUUCACUAAUCCGCAAAGCGAAGCUCCUAUUCGGGUGCACUUCAUUCACAUCCCCUCAUCUCAUUCUAAUGCCUUACCACUUCUCUUAAUACCCUCUUUCCCCUUCACUAAUCUCUCAUUUGGACAUAUCCUCAAGUCCUUCACGGAGCCCGAGGAUGCCGCUACCAACCAGCCUUUCCAUGUUGUCAUACCUUCGGUGCCAGGUGUUGGGUUCAGCGAUGCAUUGCCGAACAAUAUCCCCGUCAUAUCGACGACGGGGGAGAUGUUUAAUUCCCUAAUGUCCAGGUUGAACUAUCCCCGGUACCUCGUAACCAACGUGGGAUCUGGAUCCGCGUCGCCAGCGGAGAUAGACUGGCAGCUUGCCAGCUAUUUGGUUACUGAGCAUCCAGACUCAUGUCUGGGAGCGCACUUCAUCUCUCCACCCCUUGCGCAACCAAAGCUACAGGAGGCACCGCUGGAGUGGGCCAAAUGGUCGAUCGCGAGUUUUUUCCAGGUCCCCAUCCUUGGCUAUCAAAGUGAAGAUUUCUCAGCUUUGGAGAGGAGUCGUCCCCCGAAGAAGUCAAAGAAGCCCUCGGCUCCAGCACAGUUUGGGUUGAACCAGCUUGGUCUCCGGGAGCCCAAUACUCUCGCAUAUGCUCUCUGCGAUUCUCCGACCGGACUGCUUGUAUUUGCGCUCAAGAGCCUGCGGCUUCUUGCCCCCAAACGAGAUUUCACCCCGACAGAUAUCAUUACUUUCACGCAACUCGCUUGGCUUCCUGGGCCGGAAGCCGCAAUGCGGUACUGGGCGCAUUGCUUACAACAUCCCGAGUCAUUCGCCAAGAAACUUCCCUCGAGGCCCAAGAUUGCGAUUACGGUUUUCCUGGGAGAUGAGCCCGUUGAAGUUACUGCUCAGGGAGGCGAGACUGGGGAGCCGGCACCAGCCUCCUCGCCCACGGUACUCGAGGACAAGGAUGGCUAUGCCUGCCCGAGCUGGGCUAACAGCAGAUAUAAUGUAGUAUAUGCUCGGAGAGCUGCUGGCAAAGCAGGGCUCCUCGCGUGGGAGAGACCCGAACUCAUUGUUGACGGAAUAAGGGGCCUGGCAAAGGAGGUCCUCAGGUUGGACCCUAGACUUCGCCAAGCUGUGGCGCCCGCAACGGCCCCUUUGGAACGAGUUGUGUCGGGCGAUGACGGGGCUGGAGACCCCGUUGGAAGCGGCGCAGCAACGACGAUGGCAUCACCUGAACCAAUCGUACAACCCCCAACCCCGGGCACGGAGGAGGUCCUCUCGCCCAUAUCCACGGAGGACGGCCUGCUCGCCCCCAUCCCGGAGGAGCGUGUGCAGCCGCACCGAGAGAUCAGUGACGAGACCAGGGUGGCUUCCGACACGGAGGAGACGGAGAUGGCGCUGAAGGCCAAGAGUGACGACACCUUGGUUACCGCCAGCCCGGACACGCUGCGCAUUGACUCACCGCUUCCAGCGCCCUAA